GUGAUAUUGGUGGUGAUGACUCAGACUUAGAAGAGCCCACGUUACCAGAAUAUGACCCAGAGGACGACAGUGAUUCUGAUGAAGAACUUGAAGAUGCACCAAUUGAAACUGGGGAAUAUUUUACUGCCAGAGAUGGUAAUGUUUGGUCUUCGAUACAACCACAACCUGUAAGAUUCCGUACGCACAACAUUCUAAGAAGUGCACAAUCUGGACCAAUCGGGCAACGCAAGGCAAGGCAAUUCUUUGAUGAUGACAAUGCAAAACAUCCAACAAGAGAACCGAGAUCAUGGAUUCCCAUAACAGAAAGUGAAUUUGAUGCAUAUUUGGGCGUACUUUUGCUAAGUGGCGUUACACAUUCUGGUUACGUGCAUACGAAAGAUUUGUGGAAUACUAAAUCACAUCCAUUAUAUCGUGCUGCAAUGAGUGUACGACGAUUUUGGGAAAUUAGCCGCUUCAUUCGUUUCGAUAAUGGAAACACAUGCCAGCAACGCAAACAAACUGACAAAGCAGCAGCAAUAUCGGACGUUUUUUUGAUGCUAAAUAGCUGUCUUCGUAGAUAUUACGUGGCAGGAUCCAACGUCACCGUAGAUGAACAAUUGUAUGCUUAUCGUGGUGGAACUGGCUUCACGCAAUACAUACCAUCAAAACCUGCCAAAUAUGGGAUAAAAGUGUGGUGGGUGUGCGACUCCAUUUCGUCCUAUCCAUUGCAGGGACAAAUCUAUACAGGAAUGGCACCGUCUGGUGAACGUGAAAGAAACGUUGGUGAAAGAAUAGUCAAAGAUUUAUGUAUCAACCUUUUUGAUGGAAGUGGAAGAAAUAUUGUAUGUGACAACUUUUUCACUAGCUACAACUUGGCAAAAUCUUUGAUGAUAGACAAUAAUUUAUCUAUAUUGGGUACUUGCAACAAAAGGCGUACAUUCGUGCCAGCAGCAUUUGCCAACCCCAAGGGACGUGAGGCUGAAUCGUCAAUGUUUGGGUUCUAUAAUCACGUUACGAUGUGCUCGUACGUGCCCAAGAAAAACAAGGCAGUUGUAUUAUUGUCCACUUCUCAUUAUACAACAGAAACGUCCGGUCCUAAGAAGAAGCCAUUGCUUAUAUUGGACUACAACAAAACCAAAGGUGGAGUUGAUAGCAUGGACAUGUGCUUGUCCGAAUAUA